AUGUCGGAGGAUGAGAAGUUGUUGAAGGAGGCGAAGAAACUGCCAUGGGAGGAUAGGUUAAUGCACAAGAAUUGGAAAGUGAGGAAUGACGCCAACAUCGACUUGGCUGCAGUUUGCGACUCCAUUUCGGAUCCAAAGGACCCUCGCCUCCGUGAAUUUGCACCGUUUUUUAGGAAAACUGUGGCCGAUUCAAAUGCGCCUGUACAAGAAAAGGCGCUGGAUGCCCUUAUUUCUUAUUUAAAAGCUGCCGACGCUGAUGCGGGGAGGUAUGCAAAAGAAGUUUGUGAUGCAAUAGUUGCAAAAUGCCUGACUGGGAGGCCAAAAACAGUGGAGAAGUCACUGGCCGCAUUUUUACUAUGGGUAGAGUUGGAAGCUGUGGAGGCAUUUUUGGAUGCUAUGGAGAAAGCCAUAAAACAUAAAGUUGCUAAAGCAGUGGUCCCUGCUAUAGAUGUCAUGUUUCAGGCUCUAAGUGAGUUUGGAUCAAAGAUUGUGCCUCCCAAAAGAAUAUUGAAGAUGCUUCCUGAACUCUUUGAUCAUCAAGAUCAGAAUGUUCGGGCUUCUUCCAAAGGCUUAACACUGGAGCUGUGUCGCUGGAUCGGGAAAGAUGCAGUGAAGUCCAUUUUAUUUGAGAAGAUGCGAGAUACAAUGAAAAAAGAGUUGGAAGCUGAACUUGCCAAUGUAAGUGGGGCCGGCAAACCAACCCGCAAAAUAAGAUCCGAACAAGAUAAAGAGCCAGAACCCGAGUCUGUUUCUGAGGUCGUAGUUUCUGGAACUUCUGAAGAUGUUGCUACUGAAGUUCCUCAGGAGAUAGAUGAAUAUGAGCUUGUUGAUCCAGUUGAUAUACUCACGCCUCUGGAGAAGUCUGGUUUUUGGGAAGGAGUGAAAGCUACCAAGUGGUCAGAGCGAAAAGAUGCUGUUGCGGAGUUAACAAAGCUUGCAUCAACCAAAAGGAUAGCUCCUGGCGAUUUCACUGAGAUAUGUCGCACUCUUAAAAAGCUUAUUACAGAUGUGAACAUAGCUGUUGCUGUUGAAGCGAUCCAAGCAAUUGGAAAUCUUGCAAGUGGACUGAGAACACAUUUCUCUGGGAACUCACGUUUUCUUUUACCUGUUUUGCUGGAAAAACUGAAAGAGAAAAAACCUACUUUGGCAGAUGCCCUUAUGCAAACUCUCCAGACAAUGCACAAAUCGGGUUGUUUGAAUCUUGCAGAUGUUGUUGAAGAUGUUAAGGUUGCUGUGAAGAAUAAAGUUCCCCUUGUACGUUCAUUGACAUUGAACUGGGUUACAUUUUGCAUUGAGACAAGUAAUAAGGCUGUUAUCCUGAAAGUGCACAAGGAGUAUGUGCCGAUAUGCAUGGAGUCACUGAAUGAUGGAACACCUGAAGUUAGGGAUGCUGCAUUUUCUGCUUUAGCAGCUAUAGCUAAGUCGGUUGGCAUGAGGCCCCUGGAAAAGUCGCUUGAGAAGUUGGAUGAUGUUAGAAAAAAGAAGCUGUCUGAAAUGAUUGGUAGCAGUGAAGCAGCAGUUACCAGUUCAGCUACUGUUCCAUCUUCGGCAGGAAGUUCGUCGGUUCGAGAGGCUUCAGGUGGAACUACUUCGAGGAGGUCAGCAGCUAGUGUGCUCAGUGGCCCAAAACCUUCUCAGGCACCGGCUGGUAACAAGAAAGCGGCACCGCCAAAAUCAGUUACGAACAAAAAAGGAGAUGGAGCAGCCCAGACAAAAACUGCUAAGGCUGUGGAAGUUGAAGAUGUUGAGCCUUCUGAAAUGAGUCUUGAAGAGAUAGAAGUCAAAUUGGGUUCCCUUAUUCAAGCAGAUACAAUAUCCCUAUUGAAGAGCACAGUAUGGAAAGAGAGACUUGAAGCCAUUACCGCUUUUAAGGAACAGGUUGUAGCAUUACAAGAACUUGAUCAAUCUGUUGAGAUUUUGAUCCGUUUACUGUGUGCCAUUCCUGGCUGGGGUGAGAAAAAUGUUCAGGUUCAGCAACAGGUCAUUGAGGUUAUUACUCACAUAGCUUCUACGGCGUCUAAAUUUCCAAAAAAGUGUGUUGUACUAUGUCUCCUUGGUGUUGGUGAAAGAGUUGCUGAUAUUAAGACUCGAGCUCAUGCGAUGAAGUGCCUUACUUCUUUUUGUGAAGCCGUUGGUCCAGGAUUUGUUUUUGAAAGACUGUACAAGGUUAUGAAAGAGCAUAAAAAUCCUAAAGUUCUUAGCGAGGGGCUUUUGUGGAUGGUUUCAGCAAUUGAUGACUUUGGCAUUUCACAUUUGAAACUGAAGGAUUUAAUCGAUUUCUGUAAAGAUAUCGGUUUACAGUCCAGUGCUGCUGCCACCAGAAAUGCGACUAUUAAACUCAUAGGCACUUUGCACAAGUUUGUCGGUCCAGAUAUUAAAGCCUUUCUCACAGAUGUAAAGCCUGCUCUUCUUAGUGCGCUUGACGCAGAGUAUGAAAAGAACCCAUAUGAGGGAGCACCUAUUGCACCUAAACGAACUGUUAAGGCAUCAGAGUCCACAUCAUCUUCCUCAGCUGGUGGUCUGGAUAGCCUACCGCGUGAAGAUAUUAGUCAGAAAAUUACACCUGCUCUGUUGAAGGGUUUGGAAAGUACUGAUUGGAAGAUUAGGUUGGAGUCCAUUGAGGCCGUGAACAAAAUCCUUGAAGAGGCCAAUAAGCGCAUUCAACCAACUGGAACUGGGGAACUAUUUGGAGCUCUUAGAGGCCGCUUAAGUGAUAGCAACAAGAAUUUAGUAAUGGCAACAUUGUCUACUAUUGGUGGUAUUGCUUCUUCCAUGGGACCAGCUGUUGAUAAAUCAAGCAAGGGCAUUCUGGCGGAUGUGUUGAAAUGCCUGGGUGACAACAAAAAGCAUAUGAGAGAAUGCACUUUGAGUACCUUAGAAUCCUGGCUUGCUGCGGUGCAUCUUGAUAAAAUGAUUGUCUACAUAACAGCUGCAUUAACAGAUGCUAAACUUGGUGCUGAAGGUCGAAAGGAUCUUUUUGAUUGGUUAUCUAGACAACUGAGCGUUCUAGUUGAUUUCCCAGAUGCUAUUAGUCUUUUGAAGCCAGCUGCCACUUCUAUGACGGAUAAAUCAGCUGAAGUUCGGAAAUCAGCCGAAGUAUGCUUUGGUGAAAUUUUGAGGAUAUGUGGGCAUGAAACGGUUAGCAAGAACUUGAGAGAUCUCCAGGGACCUGCUUUAGCUAUUGUGGUUGAGCGGCUGAAACCAUAUGGAGGUCAUCAUGAACUUGAAUCUGGGAGAACAACCUCAGGAAUGUCGUCAAAAGGAAUGUCAAAGAUGGCAAAGGCAAAUGGUCAUAGUGACCGUCCCACUAGACCUGGAAGCAGGGCUACAUCUUCGAGAGGUAUCCCUGCAAAAGGCUCAAGACAAGAAUCUAUUGCAUCCAUUCAAGACAUGAGCCUCCAGUCACAGCCCUUGCUGAGUGUUAAAGACUCUAACAAGGACGAACGAGAAAGAAUAAUUGUUCGCCGAUUCAAGUUUGAGGAAUUACGGUUGGAACAAAUACAAGACCUUGAGAAUGAUCUUAUGAAAUUUUUCCGAGAAGACUUGCACAGAAGGCUUCUUAGCACAGACUUCAAGAAGCAAGUUGACGGGGUUGAUAUGCUACAAAAGGCGCUCCCAUCAAUUGGGAAAGAAUUAAUAGAAGUUUUAGAUGUUCUCUUAAAGUGGUUUGUUCUGAGAUUUUGUGAAUCAAACACUUCUUGCCUGCUCAAGGUGCUGGAAUUUCUUCCCGAACUUUUUGAUCUGUUGAAGAAUGAGGACUACAUCAUGACUGAAGCGGAAGCAUCAAUUUUUCUGCCUUGCUUAAUAGAAAAGUGUGGGCAUAACAUUGAAAGAGUUCGAGAAAAAAUGAGGGAGCUAGUCAAACAGAUAGUGCAUACGUACUCAGCAGCAAAAACUUUUCCUUACGUAUUAGAGGGUUUACGCUCUAGAAACAAUCGGACGAGGAUAGAGUGUGCAGAAAUGGUUGGUUUCUUAUUGGACAACCAUGGAUCUGAGAUUAUGGGACAGUUGAAAUCCUUGCAAUUAGUGGCAAGCUUAACAGCAGAGCGUGAUGGUGAAACUCGGAAAGCCGCGUUGAAUGCUUUGGCCACUGGUUAUAAGAUUCUUGGUGAUGACAUAUGGAGGUAUGUUGGCAAGCUGACAGAGGCUCAAAGAAGCAUGUUGGACGACAGAUUUAAGUGGAAGGCACGAGAAAUGGAGAAGAGAAGGGAGGGAAAGCCGGGGGAAGGCAGGACAGCACUGCGGCGUUCAGUGAGGGAUAAUGGGUUGGAUCCAGCUGAACAAAGUGGUGAAGUUACCAGGUCCGCCAUUGGUCCAUUGGUCCAUAGGGACAGUUACAGUCACUCUGAACUUCAGGUGGAUAGAAUUCCAAUUCCGCCCACUAUUGCUGGAAGAAUUGGUCCUACCGACUGGAAUGAAGCUCUUGAUAUUAUAGCUUAUGCUUCGCCUGAGCAGUCCGUUGAAGGAAUGAAAGUUGUCUGCCAUGAGUUAGCCCAGGCAACUGCUGAACCUGAAGGCAACGCCAUGGACGAUGUUGUUAAGGAUGCAGAUAGACUUGUGGCAAAGACAUUUGACUUUAGUCUGACAGGAGCCUCUUCCAGAUCUUGUAAAUAUGUCCUCAACACUCUGAUGCAGACAUUUCAAAACAAACGACUUGCACAUGCUGUCAAAGAGAGUACUCUUGAUAGCCUGAUCACAGAGCUUUUGCUCUGGCUUUUGGAUGACCGAGUUCCACGGAUGGAUGAUGGCAGUCAACUCUUGAAAGCUUUGAACGUAUUGAUGCUUAAAAUUUUGGAUAAUGCUGACCGGACAUCAUCCUUUGUGGUGCUUAUCAAUCUCCUGCGUCCUCUUGACCCUUCAAGGUGGCCGUCUCCAGCAGUAAAUGAAUCUCUUAUCAUAAGAAAUCAGAAAUUCUCAGAUUUGGUUGUUAAAUGUCUGAUCAAACUCACAAAGGUUCUACAGAGUACCAUUUUUGAGGUUGACCUUGAUCGCAUCCUUCAGAGCAUCCACGUCUACCUUCAAGAAUUAGGAAUGGAAGAAAUACGCAAGAGGGCCGGAGCUGACGACAAACCUUUGCGCAUGGUUAAAACUGUCCUGCAUGAACUUGUCAAGCUUCGUGGAACUGCAAUAAAGGGUCAUCUUUCCAUGGUCCCUAUAGAUAUGGAGCCUCAACCAAUCAUACUUGCCUAUAUAGAUCUUAAUCUUCAGACCUUGGCAGCUGCCAGAAUGUUAUCCCCAUCUGGCCCAGUCGGACAAACACAUUGGGGAGACUCCACAGCUAACAAUCCUGCCCCUGCAAACCAUUCUGCCGAUGCACAAUUAAAGCAAGAACUAGCUGCAAUAUUUAAGAAAAUUGGUGACAAGCAAACCUGUACAAUUGGACUCUAUGAGCUCUACAAAAUCACGCAAUUAUACCCAAAGGUUGAUAUAUUUGCACAGCUGCAAAAUGCUAGUGAAGCAUUCCGAACAUAUAUUCGAGAUGGUUUGGCCCAGAUGGAGAAAACUGCUGCAGCGGGAAGAACACCUUCAAGUGUACCCAUGUCCACUCCUCCUCCAGUUGCACUUAACCUUUCUUCGCCGAAGUUUGGCCCUUUGUCACCUGUAAAUACGAAUCCUAUGAGUGAUACGAAAUCCAUGAAUGUCAAAUUGGAACCAACAAAUUUCAGUUUGCCACCGUCCUAUGCUGCAGAAGGGGAUCAAAGGAAUGACAGACUUCCAGCUGGAGUUACAAGCGGAGCAUUAGAUGCAAUAAGGGAAAGGAUGAAGAGCAUUCAGCUGGCGGCUUCUGGGAAUCAAGAUCUUGCCAGUAAGCCGUUGUCAUCUGUGAACGGGAAUUUAAGCCAUGGCCUCCCAAGUCAGCUUCCUGCUGUCAGCGACCAUGCAAGUACUGAAAAUUCUAUCCAGGGAGGUGUCCCUCCAAUGGAUGAGAAGGCAUUAUCAGGGCUGCAGGCACGGAUGGAGAGGCUAAAAAGUGGAUCCAUGGAUUCCCUAUAG